UAGUGACUUCAGCGCUCUGGCAGCAUAGAGAGGUGCGAGACUUUUUCAGCGCCGUGGCUACGCAGAUGAAGUUUAUUUUUUUGACGGGGUUUUUUUUCUUUCAGUUUUAGAGUAACUCGUAAGUAGCCGCUGAAGCUGAUUUUGAACCAUUUAAAUUUCGCGUUAAUCCUCCACUGAGACUUUUUUUUUUUUUUUGAGAAGUAAUCGUUGAAGGGAGACAGCUCAACUUUUUGGCUGGCUGCCCUAUGUGGAUUUUACAUAAAAUAUGGAACACAUACCCGGUUUCUGCCUUGGCAAGGCCCUAGUCUUGGUCUUCUACUUCACUCGGCUAACUCUUGGUCUGCAGUGUGUGGAUGAAAAGGCGCCUUGUAUUAACAACGCAACAUGCCUGACCUUUAACAAUGGCACAGAAUACUGCAGGUGUGCUCCAGGUUAUUUGGGAGAGUACUGUCAGCACAAGGACCCUUGUCAACCAGGAUACUGCCUGAAUGGGGGGAACUGUUCUGUGUCCAUGUCAGCUGGGGUUCCUGUUCCUGGUAGCACCUCCUGCACCUGCCCUCUUGGCUACACCGGACAGCGCUGCCAAACUCCCCAAAACUCCACGUGUUAUCCAAACAACCCAUGCGCCAACAAGGGGGUCUGUACCCUGCUGUCCCUUGUCAAGUACAAGUGUGAGUGCACCAGAGGAUGGACAGGUCAGCAUUGCACAGAGGAUGUGGACGAGUGUCGGCUGCAGCCAAAUACUUGCCAAAAUGGCGGUACAUGUAGCAACUUGAUCGGUGGCUACGUCUGCGUGUGCGUCAACGGCUGGAGCGGCCCCGACUGCUCUGAGAACAUCGAUGACUGCUCGACAGCCGCAUGCAGCCAGGGCUCCACUUGUAUCGACCGUGUUGCGUCUUUUAUCUGUGUCUGUCCCCCAGGAAAGACAGGUUUGCUCUGCCAUAGAGACGAUGCCUGCAUCAGUAACCCCUGCAGAGAGGGCUCACAUUGCGACACCAACCCCAUCACUGGGAUGUUUAACUGUAACUGUCCACCGGGAUAUAUAGGCAAUACCUGCAACAGAGACAGAGAUGAAUGCAGCAUUGGUCCUAACCCAUGUGAGCAUGGCGGUCAGUGUGUGAACACUGAUGGCUCCUUCACUUGUAACUGUGUCAAAGGUUACUCAGGGCCUCGGUGUGAACAAGAUGUCAAUGAAGGUGCUCCAACCCCUGCCUGAAUGAUGGCAACCUAUAAAAAUACUAAUCAGUAUGUUUCUGAGUAUGUUGAAGGAGGCCCUGCUGAAGGAUGCAGAGACAGCCGGCACCAGUUCUAAUCAGACGGCUGCUCAGCAGAACAUCCUAUUCUUCAUGUUUGUAAUAAGAUAGUGUAUAGAUAAAUGGUGCUGAUACAGUCAUACCGUUUGUAGUAAAUCUUAUGAAACUGUGCAUCACGUUGCAGCUGCAUAUGUUUUGAUAAGAGCUGAAACGUGCAUUGUAACUAGGGAUGAUUUUCAAUAAAAAGAGAGGUGCGGCGGAAUGUGUUUUCAGAGCGGUAGGAGAUUGUAACUGGAAGCACAUCUCUGUCCGUUUCUCCUCGCGAGUGAAAAGAA